GACCAAGUGUGCCUGGAGUCGGAAUGUCACAUCCCGAGCUAGAGCCAUUCGUUCAGUUGUGCCAGAGACACCUUCUCACACAAACCUUUGGAACUUUACACUAUGGCGAAUCCCAAAUCGAGCGGUGGCACCAAGUCCAAGGGCAAAGGCCAACACAACCGCCAGUCGCAGCAGAACUCGCAGCAGCAGGCGCAGUCGCAGCAGCCGCAGAUGGACGCGACGCAGCAAUCCCAGCUUACACCUGCACCUGUGGCAGCUAGUGCAGCCACGGUGGAAGCAGCCACUGCCACGCCGCUGAACUCGCAUCCUUCGGAGGACACUCUGGCCCUGGCCGCAGCCGUCGCCGCCUCGAUCCCAGCUGCCCCCCUGGCGCGACCCGUUCCCGAUCGCCGCUCCUCCACGCCGGCGGUGGUGACCCCGACCAGCGGCGGUCCGUCGGAGCCCUGCAAUGCCGCCGAAAAUCUGGCCACCUCGCGGACCGCAUCGGCGGCACCCGCCGCCUCCGAAAACAGGCGCGGCAUCUUCCAGCGGCUCUUCGGGUGGAGCUCGUAAUGAGUUUCCCUGCUCGCCAAUACAAAAUCCUCUGCCCACUUGGUAAACCUUUAGAUUCUUCGAUCGAUAACACAAUGCAAGCGAAAAUUCUCAAUUCAAAUAAAAAUUGAUUUAGUUUCGAAA